AUGGAAAAGUUUCACGAUAAGGAGACCUACGAUCCGGAAGGCAUCAGCGACGCAUCAAGCGUUCGCGACGAGCCCGUUCUGGUCAAGGUUGGGGACAAGGAGUCCAUGGAGAAAGUUGACCCAUCGCAAAAGCCACCGUACUCGUAUGUGGCUUUAAUCGCGAUGGCUAUCAAGGAAAGCCAAGAGAAGAGGCUCACCCUCAAUGGCAUCUACCAGUAUAUCGUCGCCAAGUUCCCCUACUAUGAAAAGAACAAGAAAGGCUGGCAAAAUAGCAUCAGGCACAACCUUAGUCUGAACGAGUGUUUUGUUAAAGUUCCCAGAGAAGGUGGAGGGGAGAGGAAGGGGAAUUACUGGACCUUGGAUCCCGCUUUCGAAGAUAUGUUCGACAAAGGGAACUACAGGAGGAGGAGGAGGGUGAAGCGGCCGUACAGACCAUCAUCGUCUCCGUUUCUGCCCGGGAAACCGUGCGUGAAUUACUCGGACCCAUUUUAUUACCAGACUCCCAAGUACCUGCAGUCUCCCUUUGGGGCUAAUUCGUGGUCCAUGGGGCAAGGUGGGUCAAAUACAUCCGUCAGCUACCACCAGUCCUGCCAGGCGGCGAAUGGGAAUGUCAGCCCGGUGCAAAUGAAUGGACUGGCCUCGUCAUACAGCGCAUAUCCUCGCAUGCAAAGCUUACCUAUAGUGCCGGCUUCCGCCGCCACCUACAAUGGCAUGAAUCAGCAGAUGAGCCCGGGGACUCACGCUACGAGCACCGGUUAUCAGCUGUCAUGUGCCCGGCAGCCGGAGAUGCCUGUAGUACACUGUUCCUAUUGGGAAUACGGACCGAUGACCAGCAGAAUGGAUAUAUAA